UAUUGCCGUGGCGGUGGGGAGGCGACCACUCACCAAAUCACCGACCAGCUGGGACCCCCAAAAAAAUGUGAGGGGGAAAAAAAGGAUUGGGAAGGAAAUAGAGAAAAAUACAAUAACAAGGGAUUAACUGUCGGCUUCAACGGAGCAAUCAGGGAGUUCGUUAAACGGCACCAAAAAACACACCCAGAUUCUCUCUCUCUCUCUGUCUCUCUCUGUGUGUGCUAAGUUGCUGGUCGGAGUGGACAGCUGUUCAAAAACAAGGGAAGAAGGAUGGAGGGAAAAACGAGUGAAAUAAAAAAACAGCCCUGGGGUAAAAGACUCAUUCUGCAUCCUCUUGUUUUCCAACGCCACCAUCAUAUACUGAGGGAGAGGUGCAUCGCUGAACGAGUGCAGCGUGCAUCAGCACUGAGGCAGGAUGAAGGAAGGAGCGGCGUGUGAGAGAAGGAGACGGUGACAGCCUGUGAUGGAGGAGGAGUGCAAGGGAGAGGGAGCGAGAGAGCAAGACUGGAAGGUCAUUACCACUAGGCGAGACAGAAAUAAACAGGGAUCCGUCACCCUUUGACACCUACUCUCUUAAAGGCUACUUUCAACACAAAUCAACUAAAGAGCUGAAUCCUGCUGCAUUCGCAUAUAGGAAACCCCUCCACAGAACCUGACUCAACCUGAAGAGGACACUCCUACCUUGUUCCUAUCCUUCUAAAUGUACCUAACCAAAGAACUUGGUCACUCGUUAUGACUAUCUGACCACAACAUCCCCUUUUGACUGCGACCCAAACCAGGAAUUGGCCUCUGUCUACAGAAAGGAAGAAGGUACUAUCUUUGACCAUCCGCUGCUAAGAGGAAUAGCCUCAUCUGUUGUUCACGAGAACACACACUGGAUUGGUGAAUGUGUCUCAAACGAAGGCGGACUAGGUGUACAGCUAACUAAAGAGACAUCCCUAUUCUCUAGUAUCCCUACACUGCUACUGUACUACAAACAGGAGUAUCUGUAUCGGUUGAUGUAAACACAUACUGGAGGGGUAGGCUGAGGCAAUCGGAGAGCUGACAGACAGACUGACCGUCAGACAGGCGGCCUUUGACCUCAACAUGGGAGAGACGGCCGAGUACCAGCGACUGUCCAGCGAUGACGAGGAGAAGCUGGGCAGUACUAUGCAGUCGGAGGAGGGCACAGAAUGGCUCCUGGAGCUGCUGAUGGAGGUGCAGCUGCAGCAGUACUUCCUGCGUAUCCGCGACGACCUCAACGUGACGCGACUCUCCCACUUUGACUACGUCAAGAACGAGGACCUGGAGAAGAUCGGCAUGGGGCGGCCCGGGCAGAGACGGCUGUGGGAGGCGGUCAAGAGGAGGAAAGCCAUGUGCAAGCGGAAGUCCUGGAUGAGCAAGGUGUUCAGUGGGAAGCGUCCGGAUGGCGGGGACUUCCAGCAGGCGUCACCCACCUCCUCCUUUCGCAAGCUGUCCCCCACGCCACCCCCAGCGGUUGAGGGGGGUCCUCAGUCCCUGUCCCAGCCCCCCCAGCACCAGGCCCUCACCUGUCUGAUCAGCGAGAAGGACCUUGCUCUCUUCGAGAAGCUGGGCGACGGCUCCUUCGGGGUGGUCAAGAGGGGCGAGUGGUUCACGCCUGCUGGGAAAGUGUUGACUGUAGCGGUCAAGUGUCUGAAGACAGACAUGCUGAGCCAGCCGGAGGCGUUGGACGACUUCAUCGGCGAGGUCAACGCCAUGCACUCCCUGGACCACCAGAACCUCAUCAGGCUGUACGGAGUGGUGCUCACACAACCCAUGAAGAUGGUGACCGAACUAGCCCCGCUCGGCUCCCUCCUAGAGCGCCUUCGCUGCGUUCGGCCGCAGGGCCCCGUCCUCAUCCACACGCUGUGCCAGUACGCCGUGCAGGUGGCGUGCGGCAUGGCCUACCUGGAGCAGCGGCGCUUCAUCCACCGCGACCUGGCCGCCCGCAACAUCCUGCUGGCGUCGGCCCAGAGGGUAAAGAUCGGCGACUUCGGUCUGAUGCGGGCGCUGCCCGACAACCACGAGCACUACGUCAUGCAGGAGCACCGCAAGGUGCCGUUCGCGUGGUGUGCCCCUGAGAGCCUGAAGACGCGGACAUUCUCCCACGCCACAGACACCUGGAUGUUCGGGGUGUCGCUGUGGGAGAUGUACACCCACGGACAGGAGCCCUGGCUGGGCCUCAAUGGCAGCCAGAUCUUACACAAGAUAGACAAGGAGGGUGAGCGUCUACCCAAGCCAGAGGACUGUCCCCAGGACAUCUACAACGUCAUGCUGCAGUGCUGGGCCCAGAAAGCUGAUGACAGGCCCACCUUUGUCGCCCUCAGGGAGUUCCUGCUCGAGACCAUGCCAGCAGACAUGUGCGCGCUGCAGGACUUUGAAGAGUCCGACAAGCUUCAGAUUCAGGUCGACGACGUGAUCACCGUCAUCGAGGGCAGAGCGGAGAACUACUGGUGGCGGGGCCAGAACAAGCGCACGCUGAAGUUGGGCCAGUUCCCCAGGAACGUGGUGACCUCGGUUGCAGGCCUGUCGGCCCACGACAUCAGCAGGCCCCUCAAACACAGCUUCAUCCACACAGGCCACGGAGACACAGACCCGCACCGCUGCUGGGGCUUCCCAGACCGCAUCGACGAUCUGUACCUAGGGAACCCCAUGGACCCACCAGAUGUCUUGGGGUUGGACCUCAACGCUGCCCGGCCUACUCAGCUACCAGGACGAGCAAAAAAGGAGGCACCUACUCGUCCCCCCCAGCCGUUGGUGCUUGUCAAGAAGCCGUGCUACGACUCGGUGACUGAGGACGAGGAGCUGACCGCCUCAGGCCUCAAGGGGCUGUCGCUACUGAAAGCGGGCUCCAUCAAAGGCCUCAAGCUGAAACCCGCCACAUGUGUCUCCGCCUCCAAACAGGGGGGUCGGACUAUGGGCUCAGGCCACACCCCCAGUGAUGUGUCACUCAUCGACUUUGGGGAGGAGUUUCCCCCGGCCGCAUCCUCCCCCUCCCCGGUGGUGGAGCUCCAGGUGCCCUCGUUGGCCAAACUGGCCCUGGACGCAGAGUUUAUUCUGGAUCGUACUCCUACCCAGAGCCCGUGGCGCUCGCUGCCCCGCCCCUUACACCCCACGCCAGUGGUGGACUGGGACGCCCGGCCCUUACCUCCACCUCCUGCGUACGAUGAUGUGGCGCAGGACGAGGAGGACAUGGAGGUGAGCUCCAUCAACAGCCUGGAUCAGCAGAAGGGGGGGAUGGGUGAGAGCCACAGCCCCACAGAGACCUUGCCGGCUGGUGAGGAGAAGGCCAUGGCCGGUGCAGCCGACAAACCCCUGGAGGACAACCUCUUCCUGCCCUCUAAGCAGGGCCUGGCCUCCACAUCCUUCUCUCAGUCAGCUGAGAUCUUUCAGGAGCUCCAGCAGGAGUGCAUGAGGAGGCUCAAUGUGCCCACGGGAGGAGGUCCCCAGCCCCCCUCGUUGUCCCCAAGCUCAGGCCUCCAGUCCAAGGACGUCCACCACCAGAUCAUCUUGUUCUUCUCUGAGGACAAGCCCCAGAUCCCUCCACGCGUACCCAUCCCACCUCGCCCUGUCAAACGGGGGGACUACACCCGCUGGUCUGGUGACCUCUCCCUGUCCCUGACUCCAGCUUCUGAGGAAGUUCAGGACCGGCCCCCUCAGAUCCCCCCGCGGGACCCUCUGUCCCAGCCGGGCUCGCGCACCCCCAGUCCCAUGGGCCAACAGGUGGGCUCCCCCCAGCAAAGGACAAUGGUUUUCCCCAGUGCCCCUCCUCCGCCCACAUACGGAUCCUACCUCUCUACGUCCCCGGGGAAACUCAUGCCCACCACACAUAGCUUUGCCUUGGACCCCAAAUACGCCGCACCCAAGGUCAUCCAAGCACAAGCCCAGGGUAAGGACCUGGCCAAGGGGCCAUGCAUCCUGCCCAUUGUCCGCGACGGCCGCAAAAUCAGCAACACGCACUACUACCUCCUGCCCGAGAGGCCGCCUUACCUGGACCGCUACGACCGCUUCUUCAGGGAAGCGGAAAAUGUGCCGACUGGUGGCAGUGGUGGGAUCUGCGAGGAGAGGCGGCAGGCCAACACGGCCACGGUCAGGCCCAUGAUGGUGAACCAUCAGCCCCAGAACCAGGGGGGAGACCUCAAGCCCAACUUUUCCUCCAACAACAACACUAGCCUGGGCUUCCGGCUGGGCAUGAAGUCCUCCAUCAGCCUGCCCAGGGUCACCUCUGACGGGUCAGCCGGCAGGGCAGAGGGGGGAACCACAGCAGACGGGGUCAAGAUGGUGCAGGAGGCGGUCCAUGGCGUGACUAUAGAGGAGUGUCAGACAGCCCUCCAGAACCACAACUGGAACGUGCAGAAAGCUGUGCACUACCUCAAGGUUGAGCAGCUGUUCUGUCUUGGCCUGAAGACCAGGGCGGAGUGUCUCAAGGUGCUGGAGAUGUAUGACUGGAACCUGGAGGUGGCCAGCACUCAGCUCCUGGACUCCUACGGCUCCGUCAGGCAAAGGCGGUGACCGAUGUCACAAGGAGCCACGGCUAAGUCCGUUCAGAACUCUUUUCAUUCAUCAGCGGUCUUUGAAGGGGCGGAGUCUGCUCCCGUCUCUCCGUUACGAUUUGCCAGAUGCAUCCAAUAUGCAGUCUUCCCCACACUGAGGACCUGGAGGCUAACCCGCACUAACACCGAAUAGGAGCGGAAGUCUGCUUAGAACGCAGGGAGUGGAACCAUACUCUUGAAGGGACCAUGUUGUCUGCUGGUCCCUUACCUAUAGCUCAGCACUGAAGGAAAAAUGUCCUCUAUGUUGGUGCUGGUCUACCCAAUUCAGUUAUAUCACUGCCACAAUAGACCUUUGACCAACUUAGAUUCCCCCUUGUGUUAUUACUAACUUAUAUGAAUCAGGUUUGUGUUGCAUCCCUUUGAAAAUCAACAGAAACUGCAGUACCAUAGAAAAAGAGUAGACCUCUCCUCUGCCAAAGCACUCCCCUGCACCCCUACUGUAUGUGUGCUGUGUUAGGCUCCUUGUUUUGGAUAGGGACUUUGUUUUCGGGUUGUCAGCAUCUUUCUGCUGCAAUGCCCGCCUCCCCAGGCCUCCCAAGGUGCUCUACUGCGUUUCAGCAGAGGUCAAAGUUCAAAAAGCCCACCUGGAAGAAGAGAACGAACAUUAAAGAGAACUAAACAAUAUGCAGCUGGUCCACGUUUAAGUCGACUCCUUCUUUUAUGUUCUGUUCUACAGAGUUCUAUUUGAUUUAUAUUAAGGAGAGGAAUUACUUUUUUAUGCACACAUACAGUAUAUUAUAUAUAUUAUAUAUAAGAAGAGUUCAGAUGUUUUGAGUUUAUAUAUUUUCAGCGAAUAUGCGCUGAAAGUUGGUGUUUUUAGUUUUUAGUUCUCUGUUCUUUCAUAUAUGUUGCUUUUGAACCGGUCGUUUGAAAGGGGGACAUAUUGAAAACGUUCAACUCUCUUGAGAUUUUUUAUUUUCAUUUGAUCAGUUAAGCCGUUUAUGUUAGAAUGUGCUCCCCCUGAAUUGAGUUCACUUGUGGCUCUAAGUGCUAUUAAUUUGAUCCACUCCAUAUGUCCAUUUAAUCGUUCCCUACUGGUAUACAGACCUACACUGCUCAAAAAAAUAAAGGGAACACUUAAACAACACAAUGUAACUCCAAGUCAAUCACACUUCUGUGAAAUCAAACUGUCCACUUAGGAAGCAACACUGAUUGACAAUACAUUUCACAUGCUGUUAUGCAAAUGGAAUAGACAAAAGGUGGAAAUUAUAGGCAAUUAGCAAGACACCCCCAAUAAAGGAGUGGUUCUGCAGGUGGUGACCACAGACCACUUCUCAGUUCCUAUGCUUCCUGGCUGAUGUUUUGGUCACUUUUGAAUGCUGGCGGUGCUUUCACUCUAGUGGUAGCAUGAGACGGAGUCUACAACCCACACAAGUGGCUCAGGUAGUGCAGCUCAUCCAGGAUGGCACAUCAAUGCGAGCUGUGGCAAGAAGGUUUGCUGUGUCUGUCAGCGUAGUGUCCAGAGCAUGGAGGCGCUACCAGGAGACAGGCCAGUACAUCAGGAGACGUGGAGGAGGCCGUAGGAGGGCAACAACCCAGCAGCAGGACCGCUACCUCCGCCUUUGUGCAAGGAGUAGCAGGAGGAGCACUGCCAGAGCCCUGCAAAAUGACCUCCAGCAGGCCACAAAUGUGCAUGUGUCUGCUCAAACGGUCAGAAACGGACUCCAUGAUGGUGGUAUGAGGGCCCGACGUCCACAGGUGGGGGUUGUGCUUACAGCCCAACACCGUGCAGGACGUUUGACAUUUGCCAGAGAACACCAAGAUUGGCAAAUUCGCCACUGGCGCCCUGUGCUCUUCACAGAUGAAAGCAGGUUCACACUGAGCACAUGAGCACAUGUGACAGACAAGACAGAGUCUGGAGACGCCGUGGAGAACGUUCUGCUGCCUGCAACAUCCUCCAGCAUGACCGGUUUGGCGGUGGGUCAGUCAUGGUGUGGGGUGGCAUUUCUUUGGUGGGGCCGCACAGCCCUCCAUGUGCUCGCCAGAGGUAGCCUGACUGCCAUUAGGUACCGAGAUGAGAUCCUCAGACCCCUUGUGAGACCAUAUGCUGGUGCGGUUGGCCCUGGGUUCCUCCUAAUGCACGACAAUGCUAGACCUCAUGUGGCUGGAGUGUGUCAGCAGUUCCUGCAAGAGGAAGGCAUUGAUGCUAUGGACUGGCCCGCCCGUUCCCCAGACCUGAAUCCAAUUGAGCACAUCUGGGACAUCAUGUCUCGCUCCAUCCACCAAUGCCACGUUGCACCACAGACUGUCCAGGAGUUGGCGGAUCCUUUAGUCCAGGUCUGGGAGGAGAUCCCUCAGGAGACCAUCCGCCACCUCAUCAGGAGCAUGCCCAGGCGUUGUAGGGAGGUCAUACAGGCACGUGGAGGCCACACAACUACUGAGCCUCAUUUUGACUUGUUUUAAGGACAUUACAUCAAAGUUGGAUCAGCCUGUAGUGUGGUUUUCCACUUUAAUUUUGAGUGUGACUCCAAAUCCAGACCUCCAUGGGUUGAUAAAUUUGAUUUACAUUGAUCAUUUUUGUGUGAUUUUGUUGUCAGCAAAUUCAACUAUGUAAAGAAAAAAGUAUUUAAUAAGAAUAUUUCAUUCAUUCAGAUCUAGGAUGUGUUAUUUUAGUGUUCCCUUUAUUUUUUUGUGCAGUGUAUUUGACACCUGACUCUUUUUUUUGUGCCCCCUCACUAUCUACUCGAAGCACUUUUCCCACACAAAACUACUGUUGAAAAUGGCCCACUGGUUUGUUUAUAUUCAAAGCACAUUGAUACUUAAAUAAUUAAUUAACAACGUUGCCAGUGCUCCAGGACAAAGAUUCCCCCGAGCAGAGACGAUACCCCUCGUAACUAGUCUUUACCUCGACUAUUAGGAGCUAAAACCUUUAGUCAGCACCCAUAGGUUGCAGAGAAUUCUGAGGGGAAGAAAUGUCAGUACCUGCCCUAGUUCGUUACGCACAUCAAGCACAUGCAAGAUCCAAAAUGUCACAAUACUGGAUUAGACUCGGCCAAUAAAGUACGCAGACCUCUCAAAACCUAGAGCAAACUGUAUUGUAAAAUGUGAGUGUCUGUUUUCUAUACUGUGCUAUCCUCUGUAUUCAUCGUAGACCAGUGGAGCAGAGAUUCUGGAACGGUUGCACGCAACCUGUUGGUUUUCUGUGUGUUAUGAUUCAAAUGAUGUUUUUGAACAUUAAGAUCUUUUAUAGUUGAUUCCAAUAUGUAAAUAAGUCUUACCUGAGAAGGGCUGUAACUGACCUCAAAUCAGCUAAAAUUCCAGCACAGACUAACAUGGUUAAACUUGCAGAUUCCUAGUAGUCCACUCCUAACAGUGUAGCGGGCUUGCAGGCUGGUCUUUCCCCAGUCUUUCUGUAGUCACUGUACCAAUUUGGACGUUCGACUGGGUUUGUGCCUGUCUCUGUGUGUGAAACAGACUGUCUAGACAUUCUCCGGUGUCUGUUUGUGAACACAGUGCACUGUCUCAUAAACACUUUGCUCAUGUUCCAAACUCAAACUUUGUCUCCUUUUGCCCUGUUCUUUCAGUCGUUUGCCCUCGCAGAUAAGGUCUGGAUGUGUUAAAUCAAUUUGACAGUACGCCACACAGCCUAACGCAGGGUUUAAUAGAGUGAGGCGAUCUGUCUUACCUAUCCUCCCCUAAGGAUUUAUGCAAGCCAAUCCUCAAAGGGCUGCGGUAAAGGGUACACGUUUUUGGUUUGGAACACAGCCAUUGUUGAACUUUUUCUGUACGCAAUAAUAAAUAUCCUCUUCCAAACAGUCAAGGCCAUUCAGCCGUGACAAAAAGAGAAUGCUUCCAUUGCUGUGAACUUGAUAUGCAUCAAAAUCCAUGUUGUAGUUCCAAAUGUUUAGUGGCGCCAUCUGAUGAUGUCACCGUAAGGCGACCCUGUCCCCAUGUCUUACACCGUUGAUAUAUUUGAUACCAAGCUGCUGUAGUUGUAGAAGGACUGAAACGACCUUGUGGUAUUAUUACCCAAAUCAAUGUUCUCCUGUUCAUGUUUUUUUUAAAUGUUUUAUGGUUGUAUUACCUUUUUGUUGGUUUGUUAGUUCAAUCCGACAUACCUGUACCAAUGUACUUUCCCAGGAAGUGUUUUAUUUUCACAUGGUUGUACAGUAGAUUUUCCCCCUUCCCCCUGGGUGUUCGGAAUUGUGCAAGAGGGCAAAUGCAAGUUAAUGCUGCCGAUCUCAAAUGUAUAAAUGUAUUUUUUAUUAAAGAAUUAACUCUUCUUUUUUUUUUA